ACGACACACACACGUGUUUUGCGUCUUGCAGGUUUGAAGGUUAAAGAAGCAGCACCGGGUCGGUCUCUUGUCCACCGUCCGCUGGAGAGGGUCCCUAGGACGGCGUGUUUGUGGUCUAAUCCGUGCGUGAGCAGCACUGCAGCGCAGACAUGGAUCCCAUGAAGGCACAGCAGCUAGCAGCGGAGCUGGAGGUGGAGAUGAUGGCUGACAUGUACAACCGCAUGACCAACGCCUGCCACAGGAAGUGUGUACCGCCACAUUACAAGGAGGCGGAGCUGUCAAAGGGAGAGUCUGUGUGUUUGGACCGUUGCGUGGCCAAAUACCUGGACCUUCACGAGAGGCUGGGACGCAAGCUGACCGAACUCUCCGUCCAGGACGAGGAAAUGAUGAGGAAGGCAUCUGUGGGAAGCGGAUAGAGACACUAAUGAAAGGAUCAAAGUAGAGCAUUGUGGGGGAUUAAAAAGUCAUGGGUUAUUAAGUGGGUGGGUUUUGUUUGGGAAAUCAAUAAAGUGUGAAGAAUAAUGCUGUUAAGGGUCCACGGAGAGAAACUGCUUUCUUACUGCAGUCGAGGAUGAGACGUUGGCUGGGGCUCAAGGAAUCGCCGAAGGAACUGGUGGAACGACGGCACAAGGACAUCUCGAAGCUUCUCACUGCUCCACCAGCCUCUCUGGAUGCGUCUGAUUAGUUUUCCCAUUCAGCUUGGCGAGAAGUCACCUGAUAAUUGACUGAAAAGGAGAGAGGAUGUGUAAUAUUAUCUCUAAUCCAUCCUUUGUGCUUAUUUGUAACUGCUUGGCUGCCUCUUCUGCAUAAAGUCAAAUACUGGCAGGUUAAAACAAACACAUUUUACAUUUAAUAUUUGUUCCCACGUCACCCUUUGAACUUGGGUGAAUUAUUAUUAUUAUUAUUUUUUUUAAAUGGGGGGGGGGGGGAAGUAAACAUGGGCCCUCUUCAUAAUGUUGUAGCACAACAUGGUAUUCAGGUAGACACAUUGUUCAUGAGUACAAGUUAGUCAAAUACAGAUGUAUCAGGCAGGGCAUGCACUGAAUGAGUUAUGUAUGGUUUGUCUGUCAUCUUUCUUUUUUUUAAAAUUCAAGACACUGCAUAGUUUACUCCCUUUCAGGCCUGUGUCGGCUUUGUCUGUAAACUCUGAUGCAGACUAGCAGCCAGGUCAUUCUGGCAACUCGGACGUGUGAUGAAGAUGAACUUGAUGCUUAUGGAUUAUGUUGUGCAGUAUGUGACUGGACCAUGUUUCUUUGACUGUGAUACGUUUUUUGUUUAGUUUUCAUGUGCUAACUGCUGUGCCAGUGACACAGCUUUUUAGCUGCAAAUUGGAGAAGCUGCACAUUGUGUUGUUAUUAAGAACUCUAAUAAAACUGUCCUUUAGCUUAACAUCAUGA